AUGCCCGACUUUAGCGACGGCUACUUUGAGGAGCUGAAGAAGAAGAUUCGCCUCAUCACUGACCACAACCAGCACAACCACAACCAACACCAACAGCAGCAGCAACAGCAACAGCAACUUCAGCUGCAAAAUCGGCAAAAGUUGAGUCCGAGCAAAGAAGAGGAGGAAGAAGCUGCUGUGUUUCAAGAGGAGAAAAGUGCAAAAUCUGAAGUUGAAAAGGAUCAAAAGUCGUCUGAAAAGAAGGACGAGCAAGAGGCAGCUGCAGUGGUGCAGCCGACCGGUGGUGAUGGCCAAAACAGUGCCAUCAUCUUCUCGCUGAAGAAUCAAGUCACCGGACUGGUGCGAGCGUUGCGCGUCUUUCAGGAGUUCAACAUCAACGUGCGUCACAUUGAGUCGCGCAAGUCCCGCCGAAAGACCUCCCAGUACGAGAUCUACGUGGACAUCGACUGCGAGGACAAGGAGAAGAUGAACAGUUGGUUUUGUUGUGUAAAAUCAAUUGCUGAGAUCUUCAACAUUGAAGGCGAGCUAAUCGGCGAGGAUGGCAUGCCCUGGUUCCCCAAGCGCAUUAUCGACAUUGACCUGAGCGCCAAUCGAGUGCUGAUGUACGGUGCCGAGCUGGACGCUGACCAUCCGGGCUUCAAGGAUCCAGUGUACCGAAAGAGACGCAAGUACUUUACCGAUCUGGCCAUGCAGUACAAGCAUGGAAAACCUAUUCCCCGAGUGAACUACACCGAGGUUGAGACCAAAACCUGGGGCGUCAUCUUCAAGGAGCUGAAGGCGCUCUACCUGGCGCACGCCUGCAAGGAGUUUAAUGAGAACUUUGCCCUCCUCGAGAAGUACUGCGGCUACCGGGCGGACAACAUUCCCCAGCUGGAGGACAUUUCGCAAUUCCUGAAGCAGCGAACCGGUUUUCAACUUCGCCCCGUUGCUGGCUACCUUUCCUCGCGGGACUUUAUGGCCGGUCUGGCGUUUCGCGUCUUCCACUGCACACAGUACAUUCGCCACUCCAGUGAUCCCUUCUACACGCCCGAGCCUGACUGCUGCCACGAGCUGCUCGGCCACUGUGCCCUGCUCGCCGACCAGAGCUUUGCGCAGUUCUCGCAGGAGAUUGGCCUGGCGGCGCUGGGCGCCAACGAUGAGGAGGUGGACAAGCUGGCCACCUGCUACUUCUUCACCAUUGAGUUCGGUCUGGCGAAGCAGGACAAUGAGCUGAAGGUCUACGGCGCCGGACUGCUCUCGUCGGUGGCGGAGUUGAAGCACGUCGUCUCCGGCUCUGCGCACAUUCUGGCAUUUGACCCCAUUCUCACCUGUCAACAGGAGCCGAUGAUCACUACUUUUCAGCAGGUCUACUUCUACACAGACUCUUUCACUGAUGCAAAAGAGCAGAUGAGAGAGUUUGCCAAGACGAUAAAGCGCCCUUUCGGUGUACGGUACAAUCCGUACACUCAAAGUGUGGAGAUACUGAGCAACACGAGGAAGAUCAUGGACCUGGUCAGCGAGCUGAAGGGCGACCUGUGCAUCGUGACCAACGCAUUGGCAAAGAUCAAGGAGGACAACGACAACAGCAACAACAACAACCACAACAAUGAAGAAGCUCUUGAGCUGCACCAGUCUUCAGCCCGGGCACUUCUUCAGCAGGGCGCCCUGGUGGCACUGCCCAACAUCGGUGAACAGCAGCAGCAGCACAACACUGACCAGUCUCAGACUGAGGCCACACCGACGGAGAACGCAAUGAUCGAGGAGAUGAUCAACGCCGUGGAGGACAUUCAAUUUCACAAUCAGACUGAGCCCUAA